AUGCCUGGCAGCAACCCGAUCCGCAAAAAGCAAAGUGAGGUGAUCAUCCGUGCCACCCGAAUGACCUCUUCUUCCCCGCCGACUGUCCCAGGCCUUACGAGCGGGUCGGAAUCUCCGUCGAUCUCUUCGGUGGAGACAAGGUCUGACGGCGGGUCGGUCGUGAUAUUUGGACCUGGCUCUGGUCGGGUACUUGGUCCUGCUUUUGUUGCGAGAGGUGAGCUGGACUCUCGACUGGAGGAGAAUUUAAUGGCGCCCGUUAUCACGGGGAUGGCCGGUGGGCGUGGGCGCUCACAAGCAUCGUCUUCAUCAUGGAGUACAGCCACGCCCUCGGUGAGCUCUGCGGUGCCGUCGUUGGCGGAUUCAGAUAUAAAUCUGAAUCCGAAUCUGGAUUCGAGUCCCGUCGAGUCCGGGAUCUAUGCAUGUCUUUUCCACAUGUUGGACUGCCAUGAUACCUUCGACGACGCCACGCAGUGGAGAACUCAUGUCCUAAGUCAUUUCCGGGCACAUCCCCCACCACGAACGGCACGAUGCCCUCUCUGCCCAGACACGGAGUUCAUCGACCAAGAAUCAGACUCAGACCAAUCUUCCAUAUCCAGUCCAGCAUCACAAACUGAUACGAGCGUAUUUAACACCUCACCACCCAGCACGGAAGAAGUCUACUCACAAGACCACCCUUCCGCAUGGGACCGGCUGCUCAACCACGUCGCCGCAGACCACUACCAGCACGGCCAGACGCUGGCGGGGAGUAGACCCGAUUUCGAGUUGAUGCGCUACCUGUACGGACGACGGAUCAUUUCGGAUGCACAGUUCAAGGCGAUGCAGCUUGCGCCGGCGCCGUCGAGCCCGGCAUAUCACCGCUCGCAGGAUGGUGUGCGUGCUAGUAUCGGGUCUGCGGAUGAGCCGUAUUGUGCGCCGUAUAGCCGGCGGAGGGAGGACAGGAUGCGUGGGCAGCAGAGGGGGUUUAGUGUGGUGUUAUGA